CCACCCCCCACCCUUUCACAGUUUCACCCCCACACUCAACCCUCAUAAACCUAACCCAAACACACACACUAACACACACAAAUUCACACAGUGGUUCAGAAAUCAGACCCAUGGACUUCACAACCACCCCACCAUCACCACCAAUCCAACAACCCACACCCAUCUCUUCAAUCCCAUUCCCCACCCAAAAACUCCCAAUCAAACGCAAAAACCAAACCACCCCCAUCUCACCAUCUUCUGACCCGGAUGACGUCACUCCCAACCCUCCUCCAACCCCUUUCAAAUUCAACCGGGUUUGGUCCGAACCCGAUGAGAUCCGGUUACUUCAAUCUCUCAUCAAUUCUUCAUUAUCUUUCCCUCGUGAUCUCAGUAUCUUUUAUGCCCAGUUUAUUUCAGGUAUGUCUCACCCUUAUUCCAAGUCCCAGCUUUCCGAAAAGCUUCGCAGACUGCGAAAAAAGUUUCGGGCCGUUUCGUCUCGAAUAGCGAAAGGGCUCGAUGUUUCUUCGCUUUCUGCACAAGAGUAUGCCUUAUAUGACCUUUCUAAACAACUUUGGGACCCACAAGUUGUUGAAAAUAGUAAUAGUACUAAGUGCAGACCUGGAACACCGGUUUUGCCGGAGCCCACGAUGGCGAUUUUGGCAUUGCCAUCUGUUGGUAAGAAACCGAAGAAUAAUGGGUCGAAUAGAAAUGGCAAUGUGGAUAAUUUAGGCAAUGUGGGUAAUUUGGGCAAUGUGGGUAAAGGAGGGAAUGGUGAUUUGAAAUGUGAGAUUUUGGGAAUUGCGAAAAAGGUGUUUGGGGAUGUGGUUGAGGAGUCGUUGAAGGAGAUUAGAAUGCGGAUCGAUAGGGAAAGGUGUCGGGAUUUGGGGAAGGAGAUUGAGUUUGGGAAACGAUGGAGGGAUCAACGUUUAGAGGAGUUUGAUGUGUUGGUGAAACGUUUGAAGUUGAUCGUGGAGCAUGGUUCGCCGUUGGUUAGUAAAUGAAUGAAUGAGUAUACAUAUCUAUAUAUUUAUUGGUUGGUUGGUUUUGAUAUCGUUUUUAUGUUUUACUUUGGACUAUUUUUAUACUUGCAUAGUUUUUGCCUAAAGAUGAGUACACCAAGUUUUACACUUUUGUAGAUCUUUCCUUAUGAAAUAAGCUAUAUAGUUAGUUCAUUAGUA